UCGACCUUGUUGAGUCCCCAAAUUCCCACACCUAGUCUUGCGAGCACACCCAUCACUGUCAGCAUGCCCAACAACAUCCAAGCAGAUGCCGAGGUCAUUAUCUCCUCAGCUCUCAACGGCAUCGGGGGCAACCCCUACGUUGGCGUUCCCCUGAUCCUGCCUACCAUCCUUCCAAUCAACUUGAUUCAAAGGACUCCCGGUGUCCGGCCCCCAGUGGUACGUAUCAUCGUCCUCCCCCCUGCGCAUGAUGAAUACUUGAUCAUCUCACGUUCCUAUGUGGUGCAGUUCGUGUUCAAGCGAGUCGAAGGUGACAUAUACACACUUACCAUCAAUGGGAUGCCAGUCGUAGAGCUGGAAGGGAUGUUGUUUGCCGCGGUGGAGCAAGCCCCGCAAGAGUGGGUGAUUAAAUACAGAGAACUUCAAGAUGCAUACACGAUCACCAAGAGACUUGAUGCCCCCGAAGAAAUUGGAUGGAUCGCCCCGACCAAUGAAGGAAACCCGCAGCUCCGUGUUGGACCUCUCAAUGACACUCCGACAGCCCCACCUGGCCAAUACCCCCUCGAGCAGUUAUAUAGGUUCCAAUUUCCACUCUGAACGAUGGUUCAAAGUGUCAAAGUGCCGUGAUGAGCACGUUUGUCGGUGUAAGAAAGUAGAGAGUGUCGUGUAAAUGUUGAACCAUUGUCGUCUAUCUCAAUG